UUCCCAAAUAUCGGCCCAGUAAUCUGACAGGACAUAAUUCCAGUUCAACAGAACUUUACUUGACAUGGAAUCCGGUACCAGAGGAGAACACGUAUAAAACACUACACGGUUAUGUUGUAUACGUUAUCGAAACAGACACUUCUCGUGUUGUCAAGAAUAUCACAACGAAUACAUCGACACUUGAAGUACAUAUUGAUGACUUGCGAAAAUUUAGAACAUAUACUCUCUACAUUCGAGCGUAUUCAAUUGAUGUUGGCGUCCAGAGUGUGACUUUGAACUUGACUACGUCAGAAGAUGGUAAUUGCUGAAGAUUUUAUUUUUAUACUGGAAUCAGUUAAAUAUGGGCUUUCUAUUAUACCGUUACGUUGACGUGGUCGUAAAAGAAACCACGUUCUGAUCUCGUUAUUUCUUUACAGCACCCGACGCACCACCGGAUAACUUUCAAGUCUUCAACUCAAGUUCCAGAAGUCUUCGUAUUGAAUUCAAUCCUGUUCCCCCUGAUCUCAUAAAUGGCAUUUUGCGUGGAUAUCGCUUGUUCUACUGGAAAACACGCGAGGGCAAUCACACGCGUAAGAACUUCACUAUAAGCAAAGAACCAGAUUCUGUGACGUAUAGAAGACGAAAGCGUAGCGUGGGUCAGUACCACGAAGGAUAUCCAUUGUUUGCUGAUAUUUAUAACUUACAGGAGUAUACGAAUUACACUGUGCAGAUCCAGGCCAUAACUGUCCUUGACGGAGUGUUGGCACCGCCGUUUACCACCUUAACAGGGGAAGACCGUAAGUAUGGAGCUAUUAGAAAGCUAGGGAGUUCUAGUCAGCUUUCUUUCAGGUGUGAAGGAUGCAGUUCAAACGUAAUCAUGUCUAAUGCUUGCUAGGGCACCUCAGCGUGCCACCAUACAACUCAUGUCUGAUCACGGAAUUGAAUUAAGGUGGAAGGGUUGGUUUUGGUGAGUGAGGAAAUCAGUGUACUGGGAAAAACCCUCAAAGUGCAGGAGAGUGCAUGUGCCCCCCUCCCCCGCUGUGACAGGGUUGUAUUGCGGCAGUAUGCAAUUAUCUGAAUACAACUCCACCUCAAUCGUAUGCGAGAAGAGCACUUUGACUUUACCAAACAUUUUUAAUUUUAUCGUUGGUACUUCCGGUCGACUCCUGUAACAACACUUGACCAAAGAAUACUGCACCUCCUGGAAGUGUAGCUUAGAACUGACAGAGCUAUCUAGAAAGUCUGUCUAGUUUGGGAUAAGGUUUUAGGUUUUUUCUGUAGUAACAUUUGCCUUGGUAAACUUGAUAAGGGAAGAUAGUUAGUAUACUUCAAUGGAUAACAAGGACUCAUAAAGCUAUCAAGUAUUAAUAAAGUUAUAUUGUUGGAACUACCCAGUAGAAAUACUGAUAGAACUACCCAGUAGAAAUAAAAUUUGAAAUGUCUGUCUUGGAUACAAUAGAUGUCAGUCUUAGGUGGGUCUCUAUCUUAGGGAGGAUUUGUAAUAUAAGAAAUAGCCUAUAUCACCGCAUGCUUUUUAUCUAGUUCCUAGUAUGGCACCACCAAAUGUCACUGCCAGAAAUACGAGUUCAACCAGUAUUCUGCUAGAAUGGGAUUUGUUACCCGAGGAUGAUAGAAAUGGAAUACUACUUGGUUACAUGGUCUACUACACAGAUCGUAGCGGAGUGGAGCAGACGUUUGUUCAUGAUUCGACAUCACUCUAUCUUGAUUUGCAAGGUCUGGAAAAGUUUACUGAGUAUAGUUUUGAAAUCACGGUGUUUAACAGUAUUGGUGAAAGCAACCGCAGUGAAAUCGUGUUUUGUAAAACUGACCAGGACAGUAAGUGAUGUUUUCUUAUUGAUAUUUUUUGGUCACCAUUAGUAUAGUUUUCAGUAAGCACUACAGCGCAGUAUGGUCAUAUACUUACAGACGCAAUUCUAUGUAUUUGCUACCUAUAACAUACAAAAUACAAGAGUACUACAUAGAUACAAUACAAGAAUUAACAUUAUUUUCUCACAACUGCUGUUUGACUUCCAUCUGCUGUUGCUUAGUGUAAUCCUUAUACAGGACAAGCUCAUUUGGUAUUAAUGGCGACAGAACUUAAAUUCAUUUUCAGAGUGAGACAACUCGUAUGAAGUGUGAACAUUUUUUAUAUUCUCAUUUUACAAGCGUAUGAAACAAUUACGUGCAAGGACUAUGCUUAGGAAGCGAAAAAACGCCAGAAAAUGCUAACAACAACCCUAAUACUACGAGAUAGUGUUUUCUGUAGUCUAAUAUUUUUCAGUCAAAAACUGUGCCGUCAGCGAAAUAACCGAAGGCAGGCACCUCGAUCUUUGAUCUUUCAUCAUCUUUGAUGUCAUUGAUCGGUCGUUGAUUGUACUUUUUUUUCUUUUCGUAAUUUAUUUCUCUAUGUUCAAGUGAACGACGAACUGUUGCUUCCAAAGUUUCAAGUCGCUUCAGUUUGACAUUCUGUGCUUCAAGAUUCGCAUUGAUUUGUUUCAGUGUUUCAUUCAGUUGCGUAAAUUUCACUUCCAUUUUGUCCAGUUUCUCAUUGACUUUAUUCAACUCUUGCCGCAUUUCCCCACAGUCAUGGCACUUGACUCUGCGAUGUUCACACACAGCUGUUUCAUGAUGAAUCAAAUCUCGUUUAUUCACCUCUAACUCGCAUUCUUCGUUCGAACAGACGACCGGAGUGUAACCACACUCGUCGAUAUGCCUUUCAAGCUUCCCCAACUCUAUAAAUCCACAGCCUCGGUUGAAGUACUCACAGCGAAUCUUAAACUCAGACAAACAACCUGUCACGAUUCUCGGCGCUUCGCGAAGCGUGUCAACAGUAAGCUCGUCCAUACACGAAGGACAAGUGUGAGAAUUUGUGAGAUGUUUCGUGAUACAAGCUCGGCAAAAUAAAUGUUCAUUGUCACGGCACAUUACUGGAUCUUUAAAGACAUUAAAACAGAUCACACAGUGAUAGUUUUUGCUCACAACACUCUCGAAUCGUUCGGCUUCGUAUCCUUGCUCAAGUACAACUGCCAUGUUCAUUCUUUGUUUUUAUCGUUCUUGCAUGGCCGAGAUACUAAGUGCUUUGCUGCUUAUUACAAGUAUAUCGUCUGUCAAAUUUACAUCUAUGCCGUAGCCGUUCAGUAGCUGUUCUGUUCAUGAAAUUCAGUCGAGCUAAACUUAGCUUUGAGCUGGAUCAGAUCACGCCAGAAUGCCAGAUAUGACAAAAUUGAUUGCGAAAGAUAGCUCGUGACCAAAGGUCAUGAACUUUUUCGUGGAAUAAUAAAUAUAAUAACAAACAAGAGGUUUACGAAGGAAAUGAAUAUUGAAUAUUUGAUUUUAAAAAUCUGAAUAAUGAAUAAUGCAUUUAGUAAGGUGGGAAUAUAGAGUCUUGAAAUAAUAAAUUAUUGAGGCACAAUUGACCAUUUGCGUAAUAGACUAAAUUUUGAUCUCAACAAAAAUUUCAUUAUAGCUUGAAAGAGCAUCACAAAAUUAGUAAUAUUCCAAAGUUUCGUUGCAAAAUGUUGUAAAAUGCGGAAAAUAUAGCCUUGCGAAAUUUGCAAUUUUCAGUCAUUUUAGAUUACAAACCGGAAAUUGACAGCCUCGAAGGGGUUGGGGCUGUCAAUUUCCCGUUUGUAAUCUAAAAUGACUGAAAAUUGCAAAUUUCGCAAGGCUAUAUUUUCCGCAUUUUACAACAUUUUGCAACGAAACUUUGGAAUAUUACUAAUUUUGUGAUGCUCUUUCAAGCUGUGAUGAAAUGUUUGUCUAGACUUGUUUAGUUCAAAAUUUAGUCUAUUACGCAAAUGGUCAAUUAUUUUGCUGAAACUUAAAGGAAGUCCCUUUCAUCUAAAAAUGAUUAGCUCUUGAGACAUGCUGUAUAUAUUUAUUCCUAGGACCAGAUCUGCCACCCCAGGACAUCGUAGGAACACCAACAUCACCAAGUACCAUGGGCAUUGUUUGGAAACCAGUUCCAUUCCCAUUUGGUCGUGGUAUUAUUCUUGGAUAUCGUUUCAUAUUUUCCACCAUGUCUGGAGAAAUUCUGGAAACAAAAACCCUGGCACCUCAAGAAGACUUUACCUCUGUCGGACGUUUAGAGAUAUUCACCAACUAUACUCUGAAUAUGACUGCGUUUACCAUUAAAGGCGAUGGACCAUGGGCUAGUAAAGUGGUGUUGUCUUUACAAAUUGGUAGGUUAGGGUUAGGUUACGCUACGUUUACACUCUACUGUAAUUCCCACUUCAUUCGUAACGUAUCGUACAGUGGCGUAACGGAGGAACAGGGGACCCUUAGGCAUAUUUGGUGUGGGGGGCCCUGUUGACUGUUGUCAUUGUUUGACUGCAGAUUGCCAACCCUUGAGUAGCAGAAAUAGUGAGUUGCUAUCUAAAAAGUCGUGAGAUUGACUGGAAAAUCGUGAGAUUUUCAGGUUUGCUCAUUAAUAUGACCAGGGUUAACUUUAACAACACUAGAAAAUAAUCAAUAGAUAUUCAAUUUUAUGAUAGUAUGCAUUUAUAUUUUGUUAACAUUAAUAUAACCGUAAAUGCAAGGCUUAUUAAAAAUAGGCUGAUUUUUCUUUAUGGCUUUAGUAGUUUCCACUGUACAAAAACAAGAAAACUACGAGUAAUAUUAGGACUAACAGGACAAUAAACUUAGCAGGACACACCUUUUACUUUGUAACACAAACAUCACGCAUACAAAAUUGCUGGCGCAUUAUCAAUACACGAAUAAAGUGUGAUGUUUCCUUUGAAGAGUGUGUCUUAUUGUAACUAGAUGUUGCGCUCUUCGAUGAUUUCAUAAGUUCUGAAAAUCGUGAGAUUUGCGGACUUAAUCGUGAGAUCGUGAGAAAGCAUUAAAAAUCGUGAGUCUCAAGAUUAAACCGUGAGACUUGGCAGGUCUGUCAGACUGAGAUAUUAUAUUUAUAUUGAAUAUUUAUAGAAUGUUCUGGAAAAUUCCAUGUCUAUAACAAUAUAACAGUCUCCAACACAUGUAACAACUACUAAGAAUAACUUUUGUUUUAUUUGAGAUGGAAUAAAAAAAUCAGCUACCGUUAUCGAUGGAGGCUUUAUUAUUUAGCAUUAUUAAUUUUGCAUUUUCACAUUGAUUCUUAACCUGCAUUUUUUACAUUUUCUAAUUUUCUGGGCGAUAGGCCGUGGGUGAUGGGGCCCCUAACUGUCAGGGGCCCUUAGUUUUGGAACUCACCCUACCCAAUGAGCGUUACGCCACUGGUAUCGUAGCAUUUUCUUCUGUGUCGAAGUCAUUAGUUUCACUCUAGUGUGCAGGAAACAACGAAAUACGAUACGCUUGAUGUGCAAACCGCCUUUACUGGAUCUCCAGGGAGGACAGUUCAGAACUGAUAGAACUACCCAAUAUGAAUAUAUUUCGUUUAAUUUAGAAAAUCAAUAAGCAGUCUUCAUUUAUUUCCAUUUAGCUCCAACCAUUCCGCCGUCGAAUCUAAGUGCCGCUAACUUCUACUCAUUAAACAGUCUUCCAGUACAAUGGAUCAAAGUGCCUCCAGAACUAACCAAAGGCUAUAUACUUGGCUACAGACUGUAUCUUAAGCUGAUUACUGUUGGAUUGGAAGAAGUGCCCGAUGCAAGAGUGACGGAGAUCAUUCUUAAGGGGCAACCGUCUUCGUAUGUUUUCGAGGGAUUGGACUUCUUUUCUAAGUACCAAAUAUAUCUUAUUGCAUAUACAGUGGGUGGUGAUUCUCCGAGGAGUAAUAUUAUUUAUGCAGGUGAGUUAAUUGUUAGGCUUCAGUUUAUUUGUAGGCCGUGAAAGGAUUGUACUUGUAGUUUUGAAUGUGAAAACAAAGAAUGUGGAUCUAGAGUCUCAUGAGUUGUUACUCCUACAGUACUCGAGAAAAUAUCGCUCUAAAAAAUGAAAAUGAAAAUAGUCUUUCUAUUAUUCUUUAGAAACUUGCCGGUGUGGCCCAACACUGUCAACACAAUGGUCAAACCUUGCUCCAUAUACCAACAUCACAAAUCCAGAGUAUUACAAUAAGAAAAUACUAAAAGAUGACUGGGGAAUCUUUCCUUACAUCGUGAACGAUGCUGUAGUCUUUUGCUGUCAAACCUGCCGAAGCCACAACUACUCCUCGGUUCUUUUUACACAAAACUAUCACGGACAGCCAAGUGAAGUGUUUGGCAACGAGGCAUUGGUCAACUCCAUCGAUGGUUUAACAGAUCUAACUUUCCCAAUUUAUGGUUAUGUGGGCAUGUCAUGGUACCAUCAGAUAUAUAAGUAUACUCCUCUUAUCGAGUCUCCUGGGAGUGCAUUCUUAGUACGAAAAGAAAAGAGUAACCUGAGUGGGUUAUUAAUGUUGAAUAUUUUGGGCAACUGGCCACUUGCUGUUAUGAUUGUCUGCAUGGCAUUUGCUGCUGGGGCUAUUAUGUGGUGGCUGGUAGGUUCUACGAAAGUUUAAUGGACCAUUUGCAUUAUAGACUAAAUUUUGAUCUAAACAAGUUGACACAGCUUGAAAGGUCACAGCUUGAAAGAGCAUCACAAAAUUAGUAAUAUUCCAAAGCUUCGUUACGAAAUGUUGUAAAAUGCGGAUAAUAUAGCCCUGCGAAGUUUGCCGUUUUUCAGUCAUUUUGUAUUACAAACGGGAAAUUGACAGCCCCCCAAGGGUGUUGACUAUUGGGCUGAUACUGCUCUAUAAUGCAAAUGGUCCAUUGUUUUGUUAAUGUGUGUUCAAUUCCUGUAAUAUACAGCCUGUAUGAUUAUAAAUGCAGUCUCAGUCGCAUUAUGGAUGGUUUAUUCUUGUAGUACCAGUAAGAGAUGAACCCCAGUAUAAAUAUUGAGUUAUCUUAGUUCUUCUGAUAAAAAAAUCAACAAAGCAACAUCAUUUCGCAGGGCUAAAUUUUCGCAGCUAUGUUGUUAAGCAUUUCACUUUUUUCAGGAAAAGUCUGGAAACAGUGAAGAAUUUUCACCUUCAGUUAUCAAAGGAAUAUUGAACGGAUUCUGGUGGGCUUAUGUCACUAUGACCACCGUGGGGUGAGUAUAAAUAAAGUUAGUUUAAAACUAAUUUAGGUUAGGUUUAUCAAAAACUCCUCCUUAUAUAUUUUGUGUUCAGGUAUGGUGAUCGGUCACCGCGAACAACAUUAGGACGACUAUUUGCAAUCACGUGGACUCUGGCAGGUUUGAUUGUUACUGGCAUCAUGGUGGGAAACCUAACUUCGUCACUUACCGUAUCUGUAUCUCAGACGGAGAAGAUUCUUUAUGGUGCUAAGGUAUGUUUAUAACAAAACUUCGGUUGAUAAGGAUACAACUACUUUAAAAAUACAAGGAGAACUUUAACGAUUCGAGCGAAGGCCCUUCAUCGUACUAACUUCACGACGAAGCUCCUUCGCUCGAAACGUCGAAGUUCUCCUUGUAUUUUUCAAGUAGUUACAUCUCUAUCAAUACGAAACUUACUUAUUAUUGCCACUAUUGGUACAGCCCAUUCGAGAUUAUAUAUUUAUAACUAUAUACCACUCCUUGUCUUGCCUUAUUUUACCUUAAAGUACCAUACCAUAUACCAUACCAUACGUAUACGAUACCGUAUCAUACCAUGCCAUACCAUAUACCAUACCAUAGCAUAGCAUACCAUACCAUACCAAUACCAUACCUUAACAUGCGUUAAAACCCCUUUUGUUGUAAAUACCAUAAAGUUCUCUUUUCCAUGUUUAUAAUAAAAUUAUUUUAUUUGUUUUAGGUCGGCGCUUUGGAUUUAAGUCCAGAAUUUCGACUGGGAAUACGGUUGAACGCAAAGAUGAAUACAGGUGUGUACGAAUCUUUGUCUCAGGGUCAUGUGAGAAGAGUGCUUCCAGUUCAACUCUUCCAAAACGCACAGGUACCCCGGUGUCCUGUUGUAGUAACACUGGACCAAUGGGUCUUACUGAACCUCUGAAAUGAAGAGUUGUUUAUAGUAUAAAUAGAUUUAGUGUUGUUUUCCUCCCGAGAUAACACUUGCCCAAUAAGGAAUGGCUUUUACCGACCUUGGUAAAGAACAGUUCAGAACUGAUAGAACUCUACAAUAUGAAUCAGCAUCUAAACGAUAAAUUGUAAAUAUUAUAAUUCUAUUCUCUUACUUGUAAAUAUUACACGGCCCUAUGAAAAUCAAUAUCAAUUGAUAGGUUACCGUGUAUAAAUAUAAUUAAAUACAAUACAAUACAAUACAAUACAAUAUAAAUAAAGUUAGUUUAGUUUAGACCCCUAUGGCGACCCCUAUACUGGGCCCUUAAACAAGGAACAAGUUAGAAGUGAUAGGGCUAGUUAGUUUAGUUUAACAUCAGGUUAUUUUGAAAUUUAUAAAUUACUGUCUUCUCUUUGCAGUGCGGGCCUACCAGACGUUGGACGAGCUUCACGAAGCCUUACUCAAUGGCGAAGUGGACGGAAUCUUACUGGAUGCGUACAUUGUAGGCAGUCGUAAGGAUCUGUUCAAAAACCCAAACGUACUCGUGAACAAGAUCAAGGAUUAUCGAUCCGCGUAUGGCAUCGUGUGGGCUGGCAAAAGUUCGAGAAUGAAAGUUUGCUUAGACUGGUAUAUGAAGAGUAGAAAAGGCAAAAUGUUCCGUCAUAUUGCCGGAAAUCUGGAAAUGGUCAAGAAGGUAAAGAAGAUUAGCCUGGCUUCGUAGUGACUUUCAUUUAUGUUAUUUUGUAUUUUUCCACCUCCAAACAAAGUAUAGUUUAAGUUUCGUAAUAAACGAAAAUUAUGCAGGAUAAUAUAUCAAGGUUUUCUUGCUUUCAAGAUUGACAAAAUAGAUAUUCAGGCGGAGAUGGCCAAUAUAUUUGAUCCAACCACAAAGAUAUACCGACAAACCUUGUUCCUCUCUCUGGUUGGUAUGGCCACUGUGGUAGGCUUGGGCUUGAUAUAUGAAUUGAUUAGGAGACGGAGAUUGGCAACUAAGGUGAAACCACAAGGUAAUGGGUGGUGCUGUUUGAAGAAUGGGUGGUCAAUGAGUUUUAACACACUUCAUCGUGCCUUCAUGAUAUCAUAAUUCUACACCACACCAUACCAUACCAUACCAUACUAUACCAUACCAUACCAUACCAUACCAUACCAUACUAUACCAUACCAUACUAUACCAUACCAUACUAUACCAUACCAUACUAUACCAUACCAUACUAUACCAUACCAUACUAUACCAUACCAUACUAUACCAUACCAUACUAUACCAUACCAUACUAUACCAUACCAUACUAUAUCAUACCAUACUAUACCAUACCAUACUAUAUCAUACCAUACUAUACCAUACCAUACUAUACCAUACCAUACUAUACCAUACCAUACUAUACCAUACCAUACUAUAUCAUACCAUACUAUACCAUACCAUACUAUACCAUACCAUACUAUACCAUACCAUACUAUACCAUACCAUACUAUACCAUACCAUACUAUACCAUACCAUACUAUAUCAUACCAUACUAUACCAUACCAUACUAUACCAUACUAUACUAUACCAUACCAUACUAUACCAUACCAUACUAUACCAUACCAUACUAUACCAUACCAUACUAUACCAUACCAUACUAUACCAUACUAUACUAUACCAUACCAUACUAUACCAUACCAUACUAUACCAUACCAUACUAUAUCAUACCAUACUAUACCAUACCAUACUAUACCAUACCAUACUAUACCAUACCAUACUAUACCAUACCAUACUAUACCAUACUAUACUAUACCAUACCAUACUAUACCAUACCAUACUAUACCAUACCAUACUAUACCAUACCAUACUAUACCAUACCAUACUAUACCAUACUAUACUAUACCAUACCAUACUAUACCAUACCAUACUAUACCAUACCAUACUAUACCAUACCAUACUAUACCAUACCAUACUAUAUCAUACCAUACUAUACCAUACCAUACUAUACCAUACCAUACUAUACCAUACCAUACUAUACCAUACCAUACUAUACCAUACCAUACUAUACCAUACUAUACUAUACCAUACCAUACUAUACCAUACCAUACUAUACCAUACCAUACUAUACCAUACCAUACUAUACCAUACCAUACUAUAUCAUACCAUACUAUACCAUA